GCAUGGCUGCCGUAAGAUAAACAAGAAUGUCUACUUUAACUCGCUUUUACGAGCACGUUGGACCCCUGUGGAUCACCCUCGCCAUCCUGCGAGUGUCCCUCGUUUUCUACGGCCAGACAGGUUACAUACACCCCGAUGAAUUCUUCCAAAGCACCGAAGUCGUUGCAGGUGACCUGUUUGAGCUCAAGGCACAUCGGACAUGGGAGUUCACCAGUCCAUACCCCAUACGCAGCAUAGCCAUCAUAUGGCUGACCACACUUGCGCCGCUGUCGAUUCUAAAGUGGAUAUGGCCAUACGUAGCCGUGGCUGGAACGCUGCCCUCGCCUUUCCUGUUUCUGAUAGUCCCACGGAUCUUUGCUUGUGCUGCAUCAUUCGCCUGCGACUAUGCCAUUUACCAUCUGUCGGCACCGCCUGCGAAACGGAACAGACGCAUCAAGGCCAUUGGGCUCUUCGCCAGCUCCUAUGUGGCAAUGGUUUUCUACACAAGAACGUUCAGCAAUUCUGUUGAAUCAUGGCUGCUAGCAUUGCUGCUGCUUUCCGUCAAGGACAUCAUGCACAACGACGAACUGAAGCUCAAGGACGCCCGGGUGAAAGUGUCGCGGAGGUACUACCUGAUAGCAUUCUUGCUUUGCAUCGGGACUUUCAACCGACCCACUUUUAUUUGCUUUGCCCUGCCAGCCGUCGUUUUUUGGUUGUGCAGCGGAGUCAACCGCAACUCGCAGCGAUUCGCAAAACGUGCGGUUAAGCUUGGCGGGUGCUUCUUACUGUGGGCUCAGUAUCCCAUCAUCAUCGAUACUUUCUACUUUUACCCCGACAUUUUAUCCGGCCACAGCCCACUGCAUGUUGUUGUGACACCGCUGAACUUCAUUCGUUAUAAUCUCAACACAACCAAUUUAGAGUUGCACGGAAGGCACCCAAACUUUCUGCACGUACUUGUCAAUGUCCCACUUUUGUUUAACAUGCUUGGAAUUGUGGCCCUCGGGGCCUCCUGCAAAGUCCUCUACGACAGGUUGCCAUCCAGUUCAAGACUGGAAGGCCUUAAAAUCCUUACGGUCUCCAAGACGUUCGACGUGGUUGCUGCGUGCACCCUGCUAAUGCCGUUAUGCGCCUUGUCGCUGUUCAAGCACCAGGAACCGCGAUUUCUGGUGCCGCUGUUGGUCCCAGUGGUUCUAUUGGCUCAACGGCAUGCUUCAACAAAGCUGAUCAUCUUCUGGAGCAUGGCAAAUGCGCUGUGCUUGGUUUUCUUCGGCUACGUGCACCAGGGUGGCCUGCUUCCGUGCAUGACGCACGUCCGUGACCACCUCGCACAGCACAAGGCAGACAAUAUGACCGCUACUGUCGUGUUUACACGCACGUACAUGCCGCCUCGCCAUCUGCUUGCAGUGAAGGACAGUGCUGCAGUGGACAGUUGUCGACCUGAUGGGCACCGACUUCAAAGGAGACAACCUGAAGCAUUAUUUCCUUGAAAAACGGGCGCACUUGAACUAUCUCAUUGCACCACCUGUGUUUGUAGACUCCGAGAUGGAAUCUUGGAAGCCUAACCUGCUCAGACUCUACACUUUUCCUGUGCACUUUAGCGGCGAACACCUCCCGCAGUUUAGCUACGCAGAUUACAUUGACGGUAGGGUGUCACUCUCUGACUUCCUCAAGGCCUUCUCACUAAAUGUGUACUUGGUGCAGCUUCCCACGACCUCAUAGCAAUCUGCUUUCAAUCA